CGAGGGUAAGGGGCCAUGUUUAUGGAGAAAGGGGUUCUGUUAGGGUUUCCGCACUUGGGUGUGAGGAAGCGGCGGGGUAAGCCGCAUAGGCGGACAGGGGAGCGCGACGGGGCCGGCAGCCGCGGCGCUCCAAGCCAGGCCAGGAGCCGCGGGCGGUCGCCGCUGGAGCGGAGCUGCCAGGGGGCGCAGGUGCUGCGAGAGAAAGUGUGGGUACCUUGGAACGGGCUCAUCGUGAUUGGAAAGAGAGUGGAGCUCCUGGGUAGAAACACGCCAAAGCCUAGGAUGUGGGACCCGAAGCUUGAUUCUGAGUACUGGACAAUGGAAGAUGUGGAAAAGAUGGUCUUGAGAGAGAAGUCAGAUCCAACUGAGGAAAGGAUGAAUGUGAAGUUACUGCCCAGUGUAGCCGAUGCAUCACAAGCUUCAGCAGAUAUGGGGAAAGACAGCCCAAGGAAGAUUCUGGGAAAGCAAGAGGUCAAACGCAAAACAGGGGCUGAAUCAAAGAGUGCAGGCAUGACAGCAGGGUCUAGGAGGGGGUCUGGGAUUGAAGAGAAUGUAAGGUCUACUGGGGAGAGGGUUGACACCAAUGGAAAGGACUUGAGGUCCAGAGGACAUAAAAUGGGGCCGAAUGAGAAGAAGCUGAGGUCGGGUGGAGAGGAGCUGACGUCGAGUGGAGAGAAGCUGAGAUCCAGUGGAGAGAAGCUGAGAUCCAGUGGAGAGAAGCUGAGAUCCAGUGGAGAAAACCUGAGGUCGAGUGGAGAGAACCUGAGGUUGAGUGGAGAGAACCUGAGAUCCAGUGGAGAGAAGCUGAGAUCCAGUGGAGAGAACCUGAGGUCGAGUGGAGAGAAAUUGAGAUCCAGUGGAGAGAAGCUGAGAUCCAGUGGAGAAAACCUGAGGUCGAGUGGAGAGAACCUGAGAUCCAGUGGAGAGAAGCUGAGAUCCAGUGGAGAGAACCUGAUACCAAGUAGGGAGAAGCUGAAAUUGAGUGGAAAGAAGCUGAGGUCCAGUGGAGAGGAUUUGACAUCCAUUGGAGAUAAGCUGGGAUCUACUGAGGACAAUUUGGGGACCAGUGGGGAGAAGUUGGAGCGUCCAAGAAUGGAGAGCAUAAAUGAGGAAACUGAAAAAGUGAUAAAAGUUACUGGUGAUGAAAGAUUGAUAGAAUUUACUGAUGAUGAGAUGGAAGUUCUUUUUGAAAGGGUCAAAGGGAGUGAUGAACUAGAAAGGACUGAGGAAGAGGUGGAAGUUGAGGGGGACAUCGUUGGUGAAGUCAAAGAUAUUACUGAUGAAUCUGUUAAUAUGGAAGAGAAAGACAUUAUAGGUGAGGGUACCAGUGCAUGAGGAAGAUGAAGGAUUGAAGCUAAAGAAGGAAAGAGACGUAGACAGGGGAAGUACUGAAAGUCAAAGAGGAGAAAUUAGAGCCAAGCAGAACAUUAUUGAUCCUGAAGGGGUAAAGAUGAGAGAGGGAAGGAGAGGGACUGAACCUAAAAGAAGAGAGAGUGGGGAGGAAGAAGAGCUACUGGGGAUAAAGGCGGAGGCCAGAACCUAAGGAAAUGAGGGAGACUGGCACGGAGGGAAAUGGGAACCUUUGGAGGAGAAAUACAAGAUUUGGUGAUGUGUUGACCAGGGAAGAAAAUGGGCUAUUGGUUCUGGGAGAGGAGCUCUGACUGAGGAGUUUAUGGGAAAUGUUUGAGAGAUGGAUUGAGAAUGGACUAGAAGGAUUUAGUCUAAUGCAUGAUGGGUAUAUAAAAUGUAGGAGAAUUACAGCAGGAUCAAGGGUAGAUUUUGAAGGUUGUGGAAGAACGUGCAGGCUAAAGUGAGCAAAAUUUCUGAAAGAGGAUCCCAAAGAAUGAUGGGCUCCAAAGUGACAAAAGCAAGAGGAGAGGAGAUAAGAAAAUAAAGAAGUGAAGAAGAAAAGUAAGAAGCCAUAUCCCAUGAUGGGAAGAGAGAAGACUCCUUGAAUGCCUCCUGUCAAGACUUCAGCGUGAAGACUGGCCCUUACAUCCUGUUUGUCUCUCGAGUAGCGAUGUAAGAGGUGGCUAAAAGGAGUCAUGGAUAGAAUCCUUGCUUAUGGAAUGUGGUUGCUAAAUCUUUUUAAUCUACAUCACUGCCUGCCCGAGAUCCUCACUCCUAGCCUCCUCUGGAAACUCUGAGAGCGGAGGAAUUGUCUUUUAUAAGUGGCCUGCACAGGCACAAGUUCAAGACGUGGGCACUUUUCGGUUGCGUGAAAGUCUCUCAGAUUGCAGCACACAGUAUACAAAUUACGAACCAAAUAAUCAGAUUUGUUCCUUGGCUGGAUUCUGGAUUACAUUUUCUCCUGGGAUAACAGAUGCAUUCCACCGAGGCCACAGGAAGAAAAGUGAAGAUCAAGCCACCAUGACAAAGGCCAACCACCUCAUAAGUGCAGAUAUUUUCAAUUUCUAGCUGGCCUCCACCAAUUCCUGUGAUUCAUCCAUGUGUGUAUUCAACAGCUAUUUAUCCUGUUGGUCCUGCGGAUUCAAUAGCGACAGUGACAGAUAGGCCCCUGAAUCCAGUUUUAGCUUGGCCUGCCAGCUCAGACCUGUGUGGCCCCCGUCGGCUGCUCCUUCACUUCUCAGACCUUCUCCUUGGUCCCUGGCUGCUCUUCCUAUUCAAACCUGGGCUGCGACAUCACAGGACACCCCUCUUUCCUGAGUCUUCCCUGUGCACCUGCCAAAGGUUUGACCAUCCUUCUCUAUGAAGUCACAGUAACAGUGCCAACCUCUCAGGGCUGCUGGAAGAUGAAAUGAGAUACCACGUACAAUACCCCAGACAGAUGUGUCCACGAUGAAGUAAAACCAUACACCUCAGCUCCCACACCAGGGUCCCCGGCACGGAACAUCUGGGAGCUGUGCUUCCCUGCAUCCUCCCACCUUCCAGCCCCGCACAGCCCUGGCAGCCCCUCGGGACUCCGUACGGUUCCUGUGGAAAAUGAACAAUGAUACAGAAGAACCCUGUCUUCAGCAAUGGCCAGGCUUCCCUUGCCACCCUCACUGCGGCCAACAGACUUGCCCUCACCUGCUCUCUUUCUGGGACAAAUAGCCUGGCAGGCUUCCAUCUUGGGACACCCAAACUCAGGACAAACAACAGCUUGGGUGACAGUACCCUGUGGGACAGGUAGGAGUCCCAUCUAGCCCAGUUUCCCAGACCUCAGUUGCUCUUCUGUCCCUGUCUGCUAUCUGGCUGUCCACUCUCCCAGCCUCGCUCCCUGGAGAGCACAGCAAACAUCUCCUUCGCUGCCAAACACUUCCCAGGAAUUACUAGAAUAAUCAUGAGAGGCCUAAGCUCUCCGUGCCCGCCACCUCCUCUCACCCCCACGCAGGUACUCUGGGGCCCAAAGCUGACUUCCUCAGCCUUUCGGACUAGCUGGGAAAGAGCUGCCCAAGUUCCCACACUAUCUAGCGGCAGAGUCAGGCUGGGCCUUGUUCCCUAAUGGCAGCUCCUGUCUCCUACAUCUCAGCCCAGCAGUGGAGGGCAGGCGUGGAACCGGGCGGCCGGAGGCCUGGUUGUUCCGAGGCUUGGUCUAUCCUCAAGUGCCUUCCUGGCCUUGAGAUUUCAUGCAGCAGGGCCGGGGCCUGGAGGAGCCAUCAGUCUACAAGGUGGAAUUUACCCCUGGACACAGGUGCCUGAGUUCAUCCUCAAGGAACAGCAUUACUCCCUGUCACUCCACAGUCAAUAUUGACAUAACAAAGGAGAGAUGUGGGCAGGGGAGGGGAGAGGAGUAGGGCCUCAAGGUGGCACCCUAACCACUAACCCUUUCAAGUCUUCCAGGGCAGAUGGAGCCGGCUUCUACCUCUUCCCAGGAGAAAGAUUCUGCCCUGGAAGCAGGAACUCUAGAAUUCUGCCUGGGGGAGAACUGCUGCUGUGAUUGUCAGACUGGGGCCUUGGACCAGAGUUGCCAGGCUGGGGUCCGGCAUCUCUGGCCAGUGGAACCUCCUUCCAGGUGGUCGUCCCUGUGAUGCUCUGAGGGUCUCAGAGGAACCUGGCGGGAAGGUCAGAACUCAGACGCUCCCAUGUUCCCCAGGCCUCCCAGUGCCAACAGGGUCAGUGCUUAGCUGGUCACAACGUGCCAGGAGUCUGUGAGGUGGGGUGACGGAAACGUGCCCAGCUAGCUCCUGGGGUCAUGGUUGGCUGGUGAUGGAAUGGCCUAGCCAGGCAAGGGACAGGCCACCACAAAACACACCCCCUACUCUGCAGCCAUCUGAGGCACCCAAGCGUGGACUGCGGACGUUCCCUUUCUCAUUUCCACAAACUGUGGGAAAACUGUCCAGUGGGCCACAUGGCUUUUAGAGGUAAAAAUAAGUAAAUCUGUAAGUUCUACCUUUUACUUGACUCCACAGGGUUCUCCCCUCACUACAGCAAUGAGGGCAAAUGAGGGCAAACUGUCACCCGAACACUGGAGAUUCGACCCCCCACCCAAAGUCCUGCAAGAUCCUACAGAGCAAGUGGCCUGCAGGUCUCCCUCACCUGAGCAGCAACAGCAGGUGGCACAGACCACCCAGAAGCCCUCCCCUGCACCUGAUGGGUCAGCCCCUGGGGCACAGGUCUCCCCCUCACCGCACCCCCCACUGUGGGCACCAGAACUGGGGGGUGGGGGGGAAUCACUAGGACAAAGGAAGUCAAUGAUUUAAACAAACGGAAUUUCUUUGUCCUUUGUAAAAGUCAACACAUGAUCUGUUACUGAUUGAGAUGUGAAAUAAAACUAGAAAUAACAGCA